GGUCAGAGACUGCAGACAUGAUACAGGAGACGGUCAGAGACUGCAGACAUGGUACAGGAGACGGUCAGAGACUGCAGACAUGAUACAGGAGACGGUCAGAGACUGCAGACAUGAUACAGGAGACGGUCAGAGACUGCAGACAUGGUACAGGAGACGGUCAGAGACUGCAGACAUGGUACAGGAGACGGUCAGAGACUGCAGACAUGAUACAGGAGACGGUCAGAGACUGCAGACAUGAUACAGGAGAAGGUCAGAGACUGCAGACAUGGUACAGGAGACGGUCAGAGACUGCAGACAUGAUACAGGAGACGGUCAGAGAC